CGCAUGCGUCGUUCUAUUACCUCGCUGCUGCUCUCUAGGCGCUGCCUUUUCCCCUCUUCCCUGGUUUUCUCCGCGCGAGGGGGAGCGCGUACCCCUAGGCGUGGCUGCGCGCUCAGCCUCCGGUGCUACUCUCGUGGCCCCUUUACCAUGGCCGGCAUUCUAUUUGAGGAUAUUUUUGAUGUGAAAGACAUUGACCCGGAGGGCAAGAAGUUUGACCGAGGUAAGUAAGUGUCUCGGCUGCAUUGUGAGAGUGAAUCUUUCAAGAUGGACCUUAUCUUAGAUGUAAACAUUCAGAUUUACCCUGUAGAUUUGGGUGACAAGUUCCGGUUGGUCAUAGCCAGUACCUUGUAUGAAGAUGGUACCCUGGAUGAUGGUGAAUACAACCCCACAGAUGAUAGACCUUCCAGGGCUGACCAAUUUGAGUAUGUAAUGUAUGGGAAAGUAUACAGGAUUGAGGGAGACGAAACGUCUACUGAAGCAGCAACACGUCUCUCUGCCUACGUGUCCUAUGGGGGCCUGCUCAUGAGGCUGCAGGGUGAUGCCAACAACCUGCAUGGAUUUGAAGUAGAUUCCAGAGUUUACCUGCUGAUGAAGAAACUGGCCUUUUGAACAACCUGGGAAGCCAGCCUUGCUGCUUAGUCAUUCAGGUCGCAGACAUUUGUUCAAGCCUGAGCAGCAGUUGCUAUUGUUCACCUAUUCAGGAGGGACUGGCUCUCUGUCCACUGUGGGUGCAGCUUUAUGUGGUCUGGACUCAAGUAGGAAACUGACUUGGCUGUGAAAGACCUAGCGGGAAGGUUUAAAAUGAACCAGAAGUUGUUUUUGUGUAUAUGUUUUUUUAAAAUUAAACUUUACUUUUUCAGACUUUUACUACCCUUAAAAUCCCCCCCACCCAUUUACUUUAAAAUCAUUCUUUUCAGUUUGCCUAUGGUAUAUUAUGUCUCUGGCCGGUAGCCAGAUGAUCAUAUGUCAAUAUGAAAUCUGUCCCAGCCUUUUGGAAUCUGGGUUCAGGGUUUGUCAGUCUCCUGGCUGACUAUCCCCAACAUCUAUACUCCAAUACGACUUUCUAUGUGAGAGAGAAUGUCAUACUGUUGGCUCCUGGGGGCACUCCAGGCCCAGAAGUUAACACCCAUUUGGCAUAGAAUUUUGAAUUGGCAAGGAGCCCUGCUCGUGUCCUUCCAAUACUUUCAGUCUCUUAAGAAGUGAAAUUAUAUUGACUUGAACUAGU